AUGUCAAAUAAAAAUAAUAGAAAUUCAAACGACAAUGAACAAGAUGAAGAUGAAGAAUAUGAUUACUGUGAAUUUCCAAAUGUUGACUUUGACUCAUCCUCUGAAGGUUCAAAUAUAUCAUCAUUCACUCCCUGGGUUCCAAAAAAUAGAAUAAACUUCAAGAAUUUAAUUGUUGAUAAUCCAAAUAUAAACGAAGAAACCUCUAUUAAUCCAGUUAAUACAAAUAAUAACCAAAAAUCACCACAAAAAGGAAAAGUAUUGGGCCUUGGAAAUAAUUCAAAUAAUAAUAAUAAUAAUAAUAAUAAUAAUAAUAAUAAUAAUAAUAAUAAUAAUAAUAAUAAUAAUAAUAAUUCAAAUAAUAAUAAUAAUAACAAUAAUUAUAACUCAAAUAAUAAUUCAAAUAAUAACUUUAAUAAUAAUAAUUAUAAUAAUAAUUUUAAUAAUUUUAAUAAUAAUAACAAAAAUACUAAAUUUCAUAAAAAAAAUAAUUUUGGUAAUCAGUAUAAUAGUAAUUAUAAAAAUCCAAUUUAUGAUAGUCCCAAUCAAUUUUCCGAUGGAAGAGGUAUUUCUCCAAGAGGUAGAGCCAAACAAUCAAGUAAUUUUAGUGAUCCAAGAUCUGUGAAUUAUAAUUCAAAUAGUCCAACUAAUAAUAGGACAAACUUAAAUUCACCACAAAGGUCACCUUCUCAACCGAUACUAUCUACAACAAUUAAACCUUCACAAUAUGUGUACACUCCAAUAAAUGCAAAAUUAUCACCAUAUAUAACACCAAAACCAACACCAACAUCAACAUCAACACCAACAUCAACACCAACAUCAACACCAACAACACCAACAAUACCAAAUACUACUACCACAACAACAACAACAACAACAACAACAACAACAACGGCAACAAAAACAGCAACAACAUCACCAUCAUCAUUAUCAUCAAUGAAAACAGGGAACACAACAAAACCAAUAAAUAAUAAUAAAGAAACAUCAAAAUCUAACGAAAAUAAUUUAUUAUCUUUAAAAAAAGCAUUAUUACCACCAAUUAAAAAUACAUCUGAAAUUGGAAUAAUCGAUAUUACAAAAGAAAAUCAAGAUAGAAAUGAAGAUAUUAUUAUUGAAAAAAGAGAUCCACCAAAAUUAAAAGAUGAGUUAUAUUUUAAUCUUCCAAAACCAACCAAUGCAACAUUGGAGGGCAUUCCAGCUGAAAAAUUACCAAUUUUAACCAAUUAUUUCAAAUUAUCGUUUGACCCAAAUAUAAAAUCUAUUUAUAAAUACAAAAUAAAAUCAUUACCAAGAGUAAAUCCAAAACAUUCACAAAGAGUUGAAAUCAUUCAAACAUUAGUUAAUAAUUAUCCAGAUAUUUUUAAAAAUGAAGCAUUUAAAUAUGAUGGUGAUUUUAUUACAAUGUAUUCUCAAAGUUCAUUUUCAAAUUUUUCAACAAAUAUUAAAGGUUAUGAAAUUUCAAUAUCAUUUGAAAGAGAAGUAUUAAUUAAUAAUGAACAUAAAGAUGAAUCAAAUAAAAGAGAUAUGGAAUCUAUAACUUUUUUAAAUAUUUUAACAAAAUCGUUUUUUGCUUCAUUAGGAUUUGUAAAAUUGGGUAGACAUUUUUAUUCAAAAAUAAUGAAUCCAAUAUCAGAGUAUGGUGUUGAUAUUUGUAAUGGUUAUAUAUCAAGUGUUCAUACAGUUGAAAGCGGUGUUGCAAUGCUAUUGGAUAUUACAUCAAAAGCUAUUAGAUCAAAAAGUGUUUUAGAAAGAAUGAAAGAAUUAAAUAUGGAUCGUAAUAAAUGUGAAAAUGAACUUCAAGGUAAAAUAAUAUUUACAAAAUAUAAUAAUAGACAUUAUAGAGUAAAUAGAAUUGCUUGGGAAAAAACAAUUGAUGAUCAAUUAAAUAUAAAAAUUGGUGUUCCACCUUCACCAACAACAACUAAUGUUCAAAAUUCGGGAGUAAAAAAUGAUUCACCAAAUACUACACCAAAUACUACACCAAAUACUACACCAAAAUCAUCAUCAAUAUUUACAACACCAAUGACAUUUGCACAAUAUUAUGAAUUAAAUUAUAGUUUAAAUCCACCAAUUAAAGAUAAGGAACAACCAUUAUUAGAGGUUAUAAUAACUAGAAAUUUUAGAAAAGAAACCAUUUUUUUAGUACCAGAAUUAUGUAUUCAAACUGGAAUCCCUCAAUUAUUAAACAUACAAGAUGAAUUGAACUUAAGUAAUGAAAUUGAUAAUCGUACAAUAAUAAAUCCAAAAGAUAGAUUUGAAAUUUUAAAUCAAUUUAAAUCGGAUCUACGUUUACAUAAACAAAUUCAAAGUCAAUUAUUAAAGUGGGGCGUUUCAAUUGGUGAACCAAUUAAAAUUGAAUCUUCACAAUACAAAGCUCAAGUAAUUUCAAAUUCAAAUAUAAAUUACCUAUCAAAUGUUGUUUGGUCUUUAAUUGGUACUAAAAAUGAUAUUGAAAGCAAUCAAAGAAAUAUCGAUCAAUUGACUAGAGAUUAUUGUCAUUUACCAUUACCAAAUUCUGUUAUAAAAGUACCAGAUAAAUCAAGUUCAAAUGAAUAUUUAAAUUAUUUUUCACAAGAAUUGGAUAGAAAUAGUGGUAUUGAAUUAUUUAUUAUUAUUUUACCAGAGAAUGAUCAUUCUUUUAUUUAUAAAUCAAUAAAGAAUUUAUCACUACUAAGAAAUAGAGCUGUAAUAACUCAAUGUAUUAAAAGUUCAAAAAUUAAAGAUCGUUUAAAUUUAAUUUCAAAACCAAUUGCAAGUCAAAUCAUUGCAAAAAUGGGUAAAUUCCCAUGGUCGAUUGAUCCCACAAUAUUUUCAAAUAUACCAGAGAAUACCAUGGUCAUUGGUAUCGAUGUAACUCAUAAUCCAGAGAUCUCCUAUUCAGUGGCUGCAUUUGUUGCUUCAACUAAUAAUUGUCAUACUCAAUUUUAUCAUAAAAUUAAUAUUCAACCAUUUUUAAAAGAGAUUUUAGAUAGUGAUUUCAUUUUCACCGCAAUGAAAGAUUCAAUGAAUGCCUAUCGUUUAUCUCAUCCAAAUAAUAAAUAUCCAGAGCUGGUCAUUGUUUAUAGAGAUGGUGUUGCUGAUGGUAUGUUAAAAAAAGUGAAAGAGCAAGAAGUUGAUUUCAUUAAAAAAGCAAUUACUUCAAUCAAUGAAAAGAUUUUAUUAAUGUAUGUUAUUGUUAAAAAGAAUACAAACACAAGAUUUUUAAAUUUAAAAGAUAGUACCAAUCCACCCAAUGGUACAAUGGUUAGCACUGGUAUUACCAAUCCAUUUUGGUAUGAUUUUUAUUUGGUUUGUCAAAAUACAAGUAAAAAAUCAAAAUCUUCAGUUAGACCAACAAACUAUCAUAUCAUUCAUAAUGAUGCCAAUAUACCAGUGGACUCUUUUCAAUUUUUUACUUUUCAAAUGUCAAAUUUAUUCUUUAAUAUAAAUAAUAGUGUUAGAACACCUGCUCCUUGUAAUUAUGCUCAUAAUUUAGCUUAUUUUAUUGGUAAAUAUUUUCAAACUCCUCAAAAAUUAAAUGAUACAGUUUCAAAUAAACCAAUAGUUGAAAAUAUCCCAGAAAUACCAUCUGAUGAAAAUUUAUUUAAUAAAUUAUAUUUUUUAUAA